AUGUCCGCCGAUACCGUUGCCGCAACUGCUGCCGCGGAUGUAGCCAAGAACGACCAAGGCAUGCCGAGCCACAGAGACGAUGCUUCGUCUUUCAUGAACGAGGAUGACCGUGAUCUGCUGAAGCUUGGAUACAAAUCCGUUCUACAACGUGGAUGGGGCUCGUUUGAUAACUUCGCCUGCUCAUUCUCCGCGCUCUACUGCGUUGGUGGAAUUCGCGUGCUGUUCUACAUCGCAUUGAGUGGUGGUGGACCCGCUGCUAUGUGGAGCUCUUGGGUCUCCGGUAGUGUCUUGUCCAUCAUCACCGCUGCUUGUCUCGCUGAAGCUUGUUCUGCGUACCCGGCUGCGGGGUCAAUCUACUACUGGGCUUUCCGAUCAUGGGGCGGUGGACGGGUCGGUCGCUUUGUCUCGUUUCUGGUUGCUGCUUGGACACUUGUUGCUUGGACAGCCUUCCUUGCCAGUGACUCGUUCGGUGUUGCAAAUUACCUAAUCUCGGAGAUCGUUGUAUUCAACCCGGACACAUCCUUCCCUAUUGCCAACUCGGAUGUCAAGGCGCGUGCUAUCGCUUGGGCGUUCUCACUGGUAUUCCUCGGUAUUGCAACUUCGCUGAACUUCCUUCCGUCGCGAUGGUACUCUUGGGUGUUCCGUGCUGGUGUCAUUGUCAUCAUCAUCGACAUGCUUCUCAAUUUCAUCUGGCUCCCAAUCGGUGUGUCCAAGACAUACGGAUUCCAAUCGGCUGAGUUCGUCUUCACAUCAACAUAUAACGGUGGCGGUACGAGCCCUAGCCUCAACUGGGUCUUGUCAUGGUUCUUGGUUGGCAGCUGUCUCGUGGGUGAGGAUGCUUCGGGUCACGUCGCGGAAGAGACUGUCUCUGCCAAGAAGGCUGCUGCCAAGGGUGUUUUCUGGGCGACUGUUGCUUCCGCCAUGUGCGGGUUCCCGAUCAUUAUCCUGUUCCUGUUCUGCAUGCCGCCUAUCGAGACCUUCUACAACACGAGUGCUCCUCAGCCGUUCAUCAACAUGUAUGCCAUGGCCCUGGGACCUCGUGCGCACGUUGUCAUGACGAUUAUCUCCAUGAUUGGCGCUAUUCUCAACACCUCGAUUUCUCUGGUAGCAGUGUCUCGCCUUGUCUUUGCCGUGGCUCGUGAUGGUGUAUUCCCGUUCAGUAAUGUUCUCUCACGGGUCUCAAAGUCGAAGCAGCCCCAUAACGCGGUCAUUUUCAUCUCAGUCAUUGCGGCACUUCUUCUUUGCACACAGCUGCCAUCGCAGGUGGCCUUUUCCAGUCUGAUCUCAACGUCUGCUGCAGGCUCCAUCGCAGCCUACGGCCUUGUCGGCGUUGGUCGAGCGUUUAUCACGCGCAAGAAUUUCCGUGCCGGUUUCUGGGACAUGGGGAAAUUUGGUGUCGUGGCAGCUGUCGUUACUUUCAUCUGGAACGGGUUCGUAUUUUCGGUGCUCUGUGCUCCAGAGUACUCGAACAGUUCGAUCGACAAAGACCCCGGCUUGUUCAACUACGCCAUUGUCAUCAUGGGUGGUGUCACGAUCAUUGCGCUCGCAGAGUGGUGGCGCAAGUCCUCGAGUGAUUGGUUCGGGCAUCUGAAGUUUACCGAUUCGGCUUCUGAAACCGAUGCCUCGUUUCAACCGCAGGAGAAGAUUGAAACGUCUGCGGAAGCGAACGCAGUUUAA